UUCACAAGACGUGUAUGUGUGGAGGAGUUUUGUUUUGCUGGGGUUAUUCAACACGCCACUGUAGGAUGUGGUCGCAUUGCUGGUUUUUCCUUCGCAAAUGAAUGACAAUUGGAUUAAGCUCUGAAGCCUUCUCCCAAACACAACGUUUACUGCGAAUGGCGUGGAACAUCUAGGAUAACUGGCAGGGGAUGAAUUAAGAUGCAGCACACCUCCUGCACAGAGGACCGCAUCCACCACGCCCUGGAGAGGUGCCUGGAUGGGCUGAGCAGCGCUCGCUCACCCAUGCAGUCCUGGCACGCUGGGCUGUGCAUGAACCGCUGGAGUCUGGAGGAACUGGUGAAAAGGGAUCCUGAGCACUUCCUCAUCCUUCUCCAGGAGAUUCUCAGGAAAACCAGAGAGGUCCAGGAGCAGUGUCAGUAUGAGCUGGUGGCCCCAUUGGUUCUCAUGUUCUCCUCCACCCUCCUGCAGACUCCCUACUUCCCCCCAGACUGCACUAUCCUGACAGAGGCCUGCGAGGUGUUCCGCUGUUUCCUCACCUGGCCCGAGCCUUACUGCAGCCUGUGCCGAGACCUCCUCUCCACCCUCCACGAGGAGCUUAAGGCCCCCGGAAUCUCCUACCACAGGCUGGUGAGAGAGGAGCAAGGCCUAGUCACAGCUAACCAUCGGUCAAAGACCAUGACGGUUUUGCUGGUGAACCCGAUCGAUGUCCCUCCGGAGUUCUUGUCUGUGUCAGAGCAGCUGAGCAGCAUCCAGCACUCCCAGAAGGAGACCUACAUCACCCUGAUCAAACACGCCUACCAGUCUGCCCUGGGCACCAAACUCCCCCUGCACAACAUGCACAAGGCCCUGCAGUCCAAAACUGUGGAGGAGCUGGGUCAGGUCUUCUCCGAUGUGACAGAGGUGCUGGAGACAGCUGUCACUAUGGAGGACCCCGACAAAGCCAGGGAGCACGUUAUGCAAGGGCUGGAAGGGUUGAGGCGGAAGAUCGGUAUCCCGGCAUCCAAUGGCUGGAGAUCAGACGGAAUGCUGCAGACUCUGCCGUUGCCCACGGCCAAAUGCUGCGUGUACAAAUGGAAUAAAGACAAUUUUGACAUUUUAAAUGACAUCCUGGAGCGUGAAUACAGCAUGGCAACCACCCAGAGUUCCUCUGAACAGGAAGAGGGUGAGGAAGAGGAGAUACAGCAGGGUGUGGAGGAGGAAGAAGAGGAUAACAUGGUGGAAGGGGAUGCUGUCAUGAGGAACGGCCGUGUGGACCACAGAGCUUCCACCCUCUCCACCUGCUCCAUCCUCUCCACCCUCUCCACGGCCUCCAAGGACUCAAUGUUCUCCACCUACUCCAUGGCCUCCACCUCUUCCGUGCCCUCUGCACUUUCCGUGGCCUCAGGAGUGGACAGCGACUUCUGCGAGGACUUGGAGGACAUCCAGCCGGAGAAGAGUUCCAAAUCCAAAGCCCGGCUGAGCCGCUUGUCCAUGCUCUUCAAGCCCAGCAACAACCUGUACCGGGCCAAAAGCCUGGGCAACCAGGAGGCCAAAGACUUACAGCUGAGCCGCUCCACCCGUUCCUACUCCCUGCCCCAGCCGGUGCUGCUGAAGGUGGCGGAGCAGCAGCCGCUCAAGCACGUCUGCUUCAGGAGGAGGCCCAUCCUGAGCUGCGACGAGGACAACAAGGCCACCACGCUCAGGGUGGUGGUGUUCGGGGCCGACCACAUCGCGGGGAAAGUGGCCAGGGCCUACAGCAACCUCCGGCUGCAGGAGCGCGCCUGUCCACGCCUCACCAGGGUCUUCAAGCUGCAGUUCUUCUUCAUCCCAGUGAGGAGGAGCUGCGGUAGCCCCAGCGGGGCAGGGAGCCCCAGCUCCGGGGUCCUGUCCAUUAGCCCAGUCAAAGGAAGUGCUAACGCCGAGCCAAACCCGCCGUGCUCAGAGGACAGCACCAAUGAUAUUGCACACUUCAUCGGAAUACUGGACCCCUGGUACAAGCGCAACAUGCUCAGCUUACUCAACCUGCCAGUCAGUGUCCUGUGCCAGCAAACCUCAAAAAUAGAGACUGAGUCGUGUGAGGGCUCCAGCGAACGCCUUCCAAUCCUGGCAGACCUGGUUCUAUACUACUGCCGCCAUGCUGCUCGUCCUGUACUGGUGCAGCUGUAUCAGGCAGAGUUGACCCUGGCCGGAGGGGAGAGGAGGACAGAGGUGUUCAUCCAUUCCCUGGAACUUGGCCACACGGCUGGAACCCGUGCAAUCAAGGCCAUGGGUGCCGCAAGCAAGAGGUUCGGGAUUGAUGGAGAUCGCGAAGCAGUACCGUUAACACUAGAGGUCGUUUACAACAAGGUCGGUGUGAGUGGAAGAAGCCAAUGGAGCAAAACAGAAAAAGUCUGUACUUCCAUCAACCUGAUCAAAGCCUGCAAGAAACCUGAGGAGUUAGAUUCCAAAAUGGAGUAUCUUCAGUUGAUGAUGACUGAGGUACUGAAAAGACAAAACUCAAAGUCCAAAAAGGGCUACAAUCAGCAACUCUCCACCACGGAGGUGAAGGUGGACAAGGUCCAGGUGUGUGGGGCAAGUAGUACCACCUUUGCUGUCUGCCUGGACCAGGACGAGAAGAAGAUCUUUCAGAGUGUCACCAGGUGUGAAGUGUCCGUGUGCUACAAGCCGGACAGCACAGCUGACUGGAAGCUGCGCAGGGCCAUAUCCACCCAGACUCAGCCACUGCACCCAACCUUUUGCUCUCUCCUUUGUCUGCCUAUUGCCACCUUCAGUGGAGCUCAGCCCUAAUGCUUCAGUGACUGAACCAGUGAAUGAACUGUAGCCUUGGGGGUAAAAUCUACAACCAGAGGAAUCAGGGUCUAAAUGAUCUCACACCAGGAGACUGUAAUAGGAUUA